CAAAUAAAUAAGGAAUGGGAAUAUAUUAAUCAACAUAAAACCAAUUUCCUGAGAGAUGGUGUUAUUUUUUCGGUUUUCCGAAUAUUUUAUUGAGUUACAAUACAGGAAAAGAUGAAUUUAAGAUGGUUGAGACUGCAAAAGUAUGAUUUGUGUAUAAUGGAUAGAUAGUUUUAAAGAAUAUGGGAUGUGUGUAAGUAAAUGAAUGUACAGUUUAUUUAAGUGGUGGAAUAAGUGAGAAUUAUUAGGAAGUGAGUAAGAAUGUUUAUCGAUAUAAUGUGGAUGAGAAUAUCUUCAGAAACCUUCCAUAAAUGAAUAUUGCUAGAUAUACACAUUAACUAAUGUAUAACAAGUAUGAUAGUAAACUUUAUGCAUUGGGAGUAAUUAGAGUAUAUAUAAAUAAAUUAGGGAAGGUCAUAUGGAUAAGGAAGUGAAGGUAUUUUGAAUAGUUGUGAAUGUUACGAUUUCUAAAAGGGUAAGUGGGAAAUGAUAGCACCAAUGAAUUUUAAACGUGCAACAUUCUUUUCUAUAUUGUAUGAAUAGAAAAUAUAUGUAUUUGGUGGAUAUACAGAUGUAAGAAAGAGAUCAAAAAAGAUAGAGAAAUUAGAAAAUCAGAAAUGGGUAUUAUUAAAUGUGAAAUUACAAUAUGGUGUUGAAUAAGGAGUGUUGUAUUAGAAUUAGUAGAAAGAAUUGUUUAUAUUGGGUGGAUAAUCAGUUGAUGGAAUUAUUGAUAAACAUUAAGUUAUUGAUUUUAACAAAUAGAUAUCUUAUAUUAGUAAGACAUAUAAUUAGAAACCAAGAGUAUUGUAAAAGGGAACAUAGAUUGAUAAUUUGUCGAUUUAAUUCUUUGGAAGUGAGACUUUAUCUAUAGAGAGAGGAGAAAUUUCAAAUUUAGAAUUGAAAAUUUAUAAAGGUAAUUCUUUAUUGAAUUAAAUAUAAAAUGAGAGUUUGAAAGAAUUUAGUAUGGCUGAUUAUACUUUUGAAUUAGGAAUAAUAUUAAAACCAAUUAUUUCUUAUAUAAUGAUUAUAUAGGAAGAUGUAAUUCAUAGAAUUAAUAAAGUAUAUUUCAAAGAUCAGAAUUAAUCAAAAUAAUAGAAAUUUAAAGAAUACAUUUAAUCAACAACAAUAUUAUCAAAUAAAAUAUAUUUAUAUUCAGGAGCAUUAUUAUUAUAAGAUGGCAGUGUCAUCAUUAUGGGAGGUGUAAAUAAUUAGAUGAAUUAAAUAUCUAAUGAAACUAUUAAAAUAGAACCCAAUUUUAAUUAAGUAAGUAAAUUAGCUAAGAUGAAUUAAGCUAGAUAUGCUUUUAGUUAUACUUUAGUUGAUAAUUAUAUUUAUGUCGCAGGUGGAAGAUAUUAUGGAGAUGAUGAUUAAGGUAUCCUAGAUUCAAGUGAAAGAUAUAAUAUAAAUACAAAUUAAUGGGAAAUAUUGGCUAAAUUAAAUGAGAAGAGAUGUAGUUGUUUCAUGAUCAAACAUAAUGGCAGAGUCUUAGUUGCUGGAGGAUUCAAUACAUUUAAAACUAGAAUCAAUACUAUAGAAAUCUAUAACCCAGAACUCAAAUGUUGGGAAAUGUUAGGAAUUACAUUACAUAAUUCUAUUGAAGCUUGUACAUUCACAUACAGAUCUAUUUAAAGUAAAUUGGAUUUCAUUACUUUUGGUGGUAGAUAAUCUACUGAUUUAGAUAGUGUAAUUAAGUACUCUAUAGAUUUCGAUUAACCAAUUGAUCAUUAGAUUGGUAAUUUUUAAUAAUUGCAGAGUUUAAAAUUCAAAGGUUCUUUAUUGUAAUCAAUAAGAAUUGAUGAUUAUAUAUUAAUUAUCCAUUAGAAUGGAUAAUAAAUAAACAUUAAUUCAUAUUAGUUGAAUACACUAUAAUAAAUAGAGAGUGAAAUAAAUUAGGAAUUGAUGGGUUUGUUGUAAGAACUAAAAGUGUGUAAUAUAGGGAAAUUGUUAAUUUUUGAUUGA